GAAACGAAAUAAUAAAUAACUAAAUAAAUAGAUAAAUAAAUAAGUAAAAAUCACUGACUCUGACAGAGCUUUUCUCCAGUUUUUUAUCCACCUCCGGCUGCUGAUGUAACAGAGGAAAGCCGUAGAAGCCGUUGGUUGAGAGGAAAACACUAAGUUUAUAUUAGGGAUAUUUCAUCCAUCGUUAGUGAUAACACAGGAAAUUUCAUCUGCCGUCACAGACAGUCUAGCAGUUCCGAACAGUAUUUAACCUUCAAUUUUUCAUUCUGGUGCCAGUCAGAUGAGGUGACAAAAAAUAAAAGACACCAGGACGUCUGGUUUAGCCGAUUCCACUAACACUGUGUUAGUUUUGUGUUUUGUUUUGUGUUGUGUUUUCAUCUGCAUUUAAUAGUGCCCAUGUGAUAAAUAACCAGAUUCCCAGGAUCUUUGAGUUUGACCAAAACCAAGAAUUUUACCUUUGGAAUUCUAAUUUAACAGAACCCAUGAAAGAGAGGGCAAAAGCCCCAGGAAAUUUUAGUUUAGCUGAUGCAAACUACCUUGUCUUCGGAAUUUUCACCUAACACUGCUAAAGUGACAGAAGGUAAAAACCACAGGAAAAACAAGUUUAACCAAUUCCACAAAUCUUGUCUCAGACAUUUCAUCUAAGACAGCUGAUUUGAACAGAAAAUAAAAAUUGAAAAAAAAAAAAACUGGCUUAGUUUUUACCAGAUUUGACAAAAUUCUUUCUUUGGAUUUUUUAACCUUGCCUCUGAUGUGAGUUAAAAGAUUAUUCCUAGAUAACCAUGUCCGUCUCACGGCUGAUACUGGUGCUUAAUGUCUGCAAUAUACUCUACAUUGAUGCCAUUGUCUACAGUCCGUUUCCAAUCUUCAACAAUGUCAGUGUCACAUGGAUACAGAAAAAUGCCGAAGGUCGGACCCAUCUGCUGUUUUUCCAUGGAGAACCAAGUUCUUGGAUUAAAAAUAACACAGGGCCACAAAGUCACCUAUCUAAAGAUAUAGUUCAUUUGGCCUGUGAUUUUAACGAGAAAAUCUUAAUUGGAGCCGACAGUGAACGACGACAGAUUUGGGGAAUUAAAUUUAUCAACGAGAAGGGACACUUAUACAACAUUUUCACGGGGACCUCAGCCGCUGUCCGAGGGAUUGCUGUGGACUGGGUCACCAAUUUGAUUUACUGGACAGACGCAUUAUACCAGGACAUCAUGGUUGCUUCCUUCGAGACAUUCCACUCUCGUGUACAUGUCCUGAUUGACUUGACUCUUGAUGCAACACCAGCAGGGAUAGCUAUACACCCAGCAGAAGGGUUCCUCUUUUGGUCAGAUAUUGGUAAGCGUCCUAAACUGGAACGAAGCACCUUGAGUGGACAAUACAAGUCAACCUUAAUCUCUGGUGGACUCCAUACACCAGUUGCUUUGGCUGUGGAUCAUUUUGAAAAUCGGUUAUACAUAUUGGACACAGGCCUUCACCAACUCUGGUCUUGUGAUCUUUCUGGGGACAAUAUUCAAAAGCUUCAUGAAUUUGAUUCACAGAAGAAAUUCUUCGGUUUGGACAUCUACCGUGAUUUUGCAUUUGUCAGUGAACAGAAGGAUUUUUCUCUCUAUGCUGUCUCCCUACUCUCUGGCAAGAUUGUGUUUAACUCCACCCUAGAGAACCAGCCCCAGGGGGUCUUAACAUGUGGACCCUGGAAACAAACUUCAAAGAGAAACUACUGUACCAGCCACGGCAAAAGCCUCUGUCCAGGUGAGGGUCUCUGUGUUUCCAAGAAGGGAUACAAACCAGAAUGUACCUGUAUUGGAAUAGAUUUACAGAAAUCAAACACCAGAAAACACUGUCAGCAAUCUCCAUCGAUUCUGUUACUUGGGAAAAGAAGUGGCCUUCAUUAUGUGGAACAGAACUUUGCUGAUGCGAAGGGCCUUACUUCCAAGCUGCUCUUACAAGGACCCUAUGAUAUUCAAGCGAUUGCAGUUGAUGCCAAACAUGGAAUUGUUUAUUUUACCGAUUCUAAAGAAAAGGUUAUUUACCGAACUUCGGUCUACCAACGGACAGAAGCUAAAGCAAUUAUUUUAGCUGUGAAAACCGUACAAGGUUUAGCCUUUGACUGGAUAACCAGGAAUCUCUAUUGGACCGAUUCUGGAAUGGAAUGCAUCAUGGUCGCCCGUUACAAUGGUUUCAAUAUUGCACGCCUGAUGCACCUCACCAACAGCUCCCUGAGAGCGAUUGCAGUCCAUCCUGCUAAAAGAUUUCUCUACUGGACUGAUGUCAGUGCUGCUAACGCUGGAAUUGAGCGAAUCGGUCUGGAUGGUGAAAGCGGUCGGAAAAUAAUAGCCAAAGAUUCCUAUGCAGUAAGUCUAGCCAUUGACUUCCAAUUAAACAAACUGAUUUGGUUGGAUAACAUGUAUGGAAUGGUUUACAUGAGUAACCUGAAUGGAAGAGACAAACGCAAACUCUACCAACAUGAGGCUUAUGGAUCUCGGCUCCUCGCCAUUACUGUUCUAAAGAAUUAUGUUGUUUACUCUGAUUGGUACCAUGAAAACACUGGUCUGUAUACUAUCAAUAAGCACACAGGACGAUUGGUAGGGGUUCUCAAAGAACGUGACCCAAGUUUGGCUCUGGCGUUCCUUCAUUCAAACAGUCAGUUGAAAAGUACAAAUGCUUGCGUGAAGAACAAUGGAGGUUGCUACCAUAUCUGUCUUCCUAAAAAGAAUGGUCACCGUUGUCUCUGUGCCAUUGGCUUCCACCUCAAUGACAACGGACAAUGCACUGCAAAUAUCACAUACCACGAGUUCCUGCUCAUUGCUGACCAGAGGCUGCGGCGUUUAUACCAAAUCAAUCUAUGGAACAUGGAAAUUAACGCUCUUCCAAUUACUCCAUUGAAACAACCGAUUGAUAUUGCUUUCGACUCCAAAGAGAUGAUGGUCUACUGGACCGAUGCCGAAGACGAUUCUAUCAGCCGCUCGAAACUCAACGGAGAUUAUUACGAAACCUUACUUCAAGAUUCUUCUAUAUCAUUUGGUGAAAUCGUGAUCGAACCGACCACCCGUCUUUUGUACUUCAUUGACAACAAAUCCGGCAACAUUGGAGUCCUUUCCAUGGACACCAAACACUAUCGGAUCCUCAUCCAGACCGGAUUAAACCACACUUUUGGCCUGGCUAUCGACCUCUUCUCUGGGGCCAUCUACAUAACAUCGAUAAAGAAAAACUCAGCAUCCCUGUGGAGUUUCCAUCCUGUUCACAAAAGCAUAAAACACGUCAUGACUGACUUGAGUGACCCGAGGGGAAUUGUCUGGUGGAUCGACAGGAUUUACGUUGCUGUUUCCGGAAACAUUGAGGCAGUGAGCACGGAUGAGCUUUUGGGUGGAGAGCAUGAGGUAGCGGUCAGUAAUGUUGACCCUUACGACAUUGCUGCUGACUUCAUGUAUCUCUACUGGACAGACAAACAGUCCGGAGCAGUUAAGAGAAUAACCAGGCUGAAAGGAACCGACACAAGCAUUCUUCUGGAAAAGGACUUCUUCAUCCAACCAGUCGGACUCACCAUUUUCAAGAAGGAAAACCAAGAGACCGUUUACGAAGACUUUAACGGCUUCGUUCCAAGUGAGCUGGAAAUAAAGAAAUGGAUAAAACCAUUUUUUGCUGAAGGUUUGGGUUACUGUCAGACGCCCCUCGUCCACCUCGGUCGAUUGAUGAACUCGGUGCCAAACAUCUGGGUUCCUUCUGGCACGGUGGUCGCCGCUCAGUGCUUCUCCGGUUACAUGCCUUCCACUGCAGCGGCCAUGGUUUGUCUCCAUGGAAACUGGAGCCAUGUUGUUCGAUGUAUUCCAGAUCCUGAGCUGCCCCUUCAUGGAGACCUGAAGAAAGGGUACAUCAAGUUCACGUCCAGUCGUCUCUUCAUUGUACCCAUUGCUUUAAAUUACAUCAACGUGAUGUGCAUUGGAGCCGGAGGCGGAGGAUACGAUGGUAAAAGUGCCUACGGAAAGGCUGGAGACGGGUGGCCAUCCAAGUUCAAAGGUCUCGUAGCCGAGGGUGGAAAAGGUGGAAGUAAGACAGAAGGUGGCGCUGGUGGACUGGGGACCGUGGCAGAUGGAGGUAGAGGAGGCUGGAGCCGCACCCAAUGCACAGCUGGUGGAGCAGCUGGUGGCGCCAAUGAAUGGCUCAAGGAUUCUCGGUUGUAUGCCUUCUGCGGAGCAGGUGGGAUCUCAGAGUGUCCGAUCGGACCAAGACCUCGUUCCCCAAAACAUGGACCUGGCGGCACAGCUAACAAUGGCACAAUGGCUGGACUCUACGGUGGGGGCGGCGCUGCUGUUUUCAAAAUGGGUGCCGGAGGUGGCGGCGGUUUCUCCAGGGGUUCAAUCCGAAUUAAUUCCUGGAUGUCAUUCCUGUGACAGUGGGCAAGCCCGGGGAUGCUUCAUAUGGACAGCCUGGUGGUGGUGUGGUGGUGGUGUCUUGGGGGUGGCCAUCUUUCGAAGAGCUGUGAUGAUUCAUUUUUCAAAGAAUUUUACAUAUUUGUUUACUUUUUUUUUUAUUAACUUAACAUUUUCCCCACCAUUAAUUACAUGUUCAUUAAGUAU